GUGUUUCCAUAACAUCCAAAAUCAGGGGUGAUGAACGUAACGACAAACUGGGGCAACCUCGCAGAGCUGCUCUGAUUCGAUCUAAAAUAUUAAACGGAGGCAGGCAGUACCGCCCUCUGUGGUGCGCACCAGCUCAGGCAGCGGCUCACUCAGGAAAUUCAAAUAGCGAGUCGUCUACAACACAGGCGCACGCAUCUUUAUGCGCCAAGGUCACCGAUCCGGCAGCCUGCGGAGGAUACACACGCACACCUUCAGUCCCUCAAAGUGACUAAUCAGCGUUGAGGUGGGUCAGUGAUGCCACCCCCAGCCACAAGUCCUCCCGCCGUGCCCCCACCAGAUGGCGGGUGGGGGUGGGCUGUGGUGCUUGGAUCUUUCAUCUCCAUAGGAUUCUCAUACGCUUUCCCCAAAGCCAUCACGGUCUUCUUCAAAGAAAUCCAGAUCAUCUUCGAUGCCUCCUACAGUCAGAUUGCAUGGAUCUCCUCCAUCAUGCUUGCGGUCAUGUAUGCUGCAGGUCCCAUCAGCAGCAUACUGGUUAACACAUAUGGCUGCAGGCCCAUCGUCAUGAUGGGGGGCUGCCUCUGUGCCCUGGGCAUGAUCUCAGCUUCCUUCUGCAACAGUGUGGUGCAGCUUUACAUCUGCAUGGGGGUUAUUAGUGGACUUGGGCUGGCCUUCAACCUUCAGCCAGCAUUGACUAUGAUAGGCAAAUACUUCUUUAAGAAGCGUCCCAUUGCUAAUGGGCUGGCAAUGGCAGGCAGUCCAGUCUUCCUCAGUACCCUAGCUCCUCUCAACCAGUAUCUCUACAAUCAGUUUGGCUGGAGAGGGAGCUUCCUCAUCUUGGGUGGUCUGCUGCUGAACAGCUGUGUGGCAGGUUCACUCAUGAGGCCUUUAGGGCCUCCGCCCAGCAAGGUCAAGAAGGAUGAAGAGUUGGCUAUCAUUGCUACCACGACGAAAGAGAAGCGCAGUUUAUGGCAAAUUGUUAACAAGUACCUGGACUUGACCCUCUUCAAGCAUCGCGGCUUUCUCAUUUACCUGUCAGGCAAUGUCAUCAUGUUCAUAGGCUUCUUCGCACCAAUUGUCUUCCUUGCUGCCUAUGCGAAGGACAUGGGCGUAGAUGAGUACUCCGCUGCCUUCCUGCUGUCAAUUCUGGCUUUUGUUGACAUGGUUGCCAGGCCCUCCAUGGGGCUACUGGCCAACUCACGCUGGAUUCGACCCAAGAUCCAGUACUUCUUCAGCUUUGCUGUGCUAUACAAUGGGGUGUGCCAUAUCCUCUGUCCACUGGCUGACAGCUACACUGGCUUGGUGGUGUAUGCAGUAUUCUUCGGCUUUGCCUUUGGUAUGGUCAGCUCAGUGCUGUUUGAGACCUUGAUGGACCUGGUUGGGGCUCAGAGGUUCUCCAGUGCUGUUGGACUCACUACCAUUGUAGAGUGCUGCCCAGUUCUCAUUGGGCCACCAUUAGCAGGGAAGCUCGUCGAUAUCACAAAAAAUUACAAGUACAUGUAUUUUUGCUGUGGAGCUGUUGUGAUUCUGGCCAGUAUUUGGCUCUUCAUUGGAAACUUCAUUAACUACAGACUCUUGGAACGUGAGAAGAAGCAUGCAGAGAUGUAUAAACGGACUGAGACAGAAGAUCCGGACCAAGCUCAGGAUAAAAAGGAGGCUGAUGGAAAUGCCUCUGAGGUACUGGUCAAUGAAAGUCAGAAAGAUGAGCAACCUAUGCAGCGGGAAACCAACAUCUAGAUUGUUCUACUCUGCCAACACCUCACUGUCACUGCUGCAAUCUUGCCACAUCCCUCCACUACGAUCAGACUGAACUCCAAGCCAAGAGGUGCCUCCCGGUGUUCCACCAGGCUCUAGUUGGGGUCCUCUACUUCUCUAAAACUAACUGCCAAAGCAACAUUAAUGUUGUAGAAGGCUGUGAGGGAUAACAUCACUUUGACAAAACAUAAAGUGUAACAUACUGUAUGCAUGUGAAGAGGCUAAAAGUCAAAAUGUUUGUGAAAAAUACCGCAGUACUAACUGUAUUUUCUUUUUUGCAACAUUCACCUUAGAUAGGAAAUGCUAUAAACUGCAGCUUGGGGACAAACACUCAUACAGCUUGGUGGCUGUUUGAGUCAAUACAAGGGAAUAUUGUUUGUGUCCUACAAGAGUGGGACAAGUGGGAGUGAUCAUAGCAGCAAAUUUAGAUAAUUGGCAGAUAAAUUGGAAAUCUUCAUCAGAUAAUGCCUAAAAAAAGUAUUAUCUGCUGUCAUUUAAUAAAAUAAUAAUAGUAAUGACUUGGUUUAUAUAGCACCUUUCAAGGAACCCAAAGUUGCUUUACAUACUCUUGCUUUACAUUACUGUGCAUAUUAAAGUCAAAGGCCUCAGUGAAUAGGUGGCAUUUCAGCUGUUUAUUGUAGCUUUUCUGUGUGACCCAUCAACAAAUAUCAUUCCGUUCUUCCUUCUGAUAUGACCCAAAUGCAACAUCACCUUGUUGCCAUUAUUCCAACAGCACCAGCAACCAGUGUUCAAAAUAAGAUAAGCCUCCUUAACAACAUACUUGGUCAAUAAACAAAGUUACUAAGGGAAAGCAAUGAUUUUUUUCUUUCUUCAUAGCUUCAAAGAUAUUUCUCUCACUGAGACAGUGUCCGUUACUCGUGAUUGACCACAGACUGCAAGUAAUAAAUGGACAUAGCUUCUGAGUGUGAAAAGUGAAGCGAGUGCGAAAGUGCCUUAAACAUGCAUCAUUUUUUAAUGGCUGCCAGCGGGUGACAAAUGGUAGUCCAAAUGUAUGGAAGUCAAAGGAGAUCACUCGAUCUGCAACCUCAAAAUACACUCGUGAUGAGCUUAUUGGCUUUCAAGACUUAUUAAAAACAACGUGAAGUUAAUUUAGUAAAUUACUGUGCAUAUUAAGACUCAGAGGUAUACUUUUGGGCAGGCCUACCUUGUGAUUGGCACAUGGCUAUAGCAGGAGCCUGUAGUCUCCCCCAGUUUCUCAGUGGGAACCACUCCUUGCUCGUUUCAAAACACCAAGGUGGCAGCAGAGAAAAUGCUCAGCUCGAGGCUUCACAUUGGGACUUCACUAAUCAAUGGGUGACGUCAUGGUGGCUAAAUCCAUCUUUUAUAUACAGUCUGUCCCUGAAUGACACUAAUCUCGAGCUCUGGGUUCAGGCACCAAAUUAUUUGAUUUAUGUCAUUACAUUUUGACAGUUUGAGGCAGUGUGGGUUGUUUGAGGUUCUUUUCAUACCAACUACACCAAUAUUUGACAAGCUAAAUGGAGGGCGCUAAAUUGUUAGUGCAGAUUUCCAAAGCAAAUGAAGGAAUUACCUUUGGCCAUAAUAAUGAACACACCCAUUCUCAAACUUGUCAAGAAUGGGAUGCUUCCUAAUUGCGCUGUGCUUUAUAUGGCAACUGGGUGCCCUAAAAUUCCCACUUCCAUAAAUAAGGAACAGAUGUGUUCACAGCUGGCGCCCGUGUAUUAUUCUGCCCAUCCGAGAACUGUAACACUGUGCAGUAAAACCUGCACAAAUGUCCCAGCUCUGAUCGAGUCAUAAAAUCCUGCAUUAAAUGUCUUGGGUUCCAUAUUCUCAUACUCAAAUAUACAAUGUGCUGCACUAAAAGAGAAAUUGCCACAAUUCACCCCAAACUUCAUUAUGAAAUUGCUGCAAUUCAAUAAAUUUAAUUAUGGUUGAAUGUAAUUUCCUCUGUGGGCCUUAAUAAGGUAUUAAUGACCAAAAACCAUAGACUAAGAGUAGUUUUCUACAUAUGAAGCCCAUAAGCAAUAUACUCAUAUUGUAAUACAGCUAUACAGGGAAAUGUAUUAGUGACCAGUGACACUCCUUACUGUGAUACAUUGCCUUAAAUGUAGGGUAAUCAGUGCAGGGGAGAUGUACAGUGAAUACUUGAAAGUAUUACACAAAGCUGAUAAAUCUUUGUGGUAAAUGUGGCCCACUUUUUUUGGUUUCAUUAACUUUAAAACUCAUGAGAAACCAAUGUAAUCUGCUCCCAUUUGUCUCCUAACAUAUCUGUAUAUGAGUGUUAAAGCUUUAAGUAUUUGUGUUCUCUAUGCUGCAGUCAUUAACGAACUCAUUAACUAAUUCACUAACAGCACCCAUACCAGUAGGUUAAAAAGUAUGAAGGAAUAUAUUACUAAUUAGCAAAUUCUAAUCAUGAUAUUCUGGAUGGCUGUAUGGUUGUUAUAAAUGUCAGUGUUGUUCAAUAUUCUAUCCAUUCCAUGUGUCUUUUUGUAAAUGUCACCCUGUUGUGCUGUUGAUCAAUUUUUGUCCGAAAACCUGGAGCUAAAACUGACCAAAUGAUAUCCUGCCACAGAAAGUAAGUCGAACAUAUUUGCAAGUAAUCAUGAACACACUGGCUCUUUUCUCCCCUUUUUAAAUAGUGAGAUACUCAGAAUCCUGAAAGCAGAUAUCCAGCUGUGUAGCAGCUCAUGCCUCGUCUUUACCUGAGUGAGCAGUACUGUGAUAUCCUCUGCAGGUGGGUUUAUAGGGAAAUCCGAUGAGCCCGCUGCUGUUUUGCUUGGCUGCAUGAACUCUGAGAUGGAUAUCAGUGAAUAGAUGUUUUAAAUGACUGCUGUUUUUGUUUGUUUGUUUGUUUUGGACCUGGACCUAGUCUUCUGUAUGCUUCCCUUUAAGAAUGACAGAGUUAAUCUGACUCUGCUAAUAUGGCCAUUUGUCAAUCUCCACAAAUACACUUUAGUUCACCAGCAUUUCAUGCCACUGUUAGACAGUAUUUUUAUAUACUAACACAGCUGUGCCCUCCUACAUUUAAACUUUGUGAAUGUGAAUGCUUGCACUUAAUUACUGGAAAGGGUCACUAUGAAUGCUGAACAAUCACUUUCUACCAAAUAACACUGCCCCCUGCUGGUUUCAAACCACCAAGAAAGGUAAAGAAGGCCAGCCUGUUAGAGUUUUACAUUUACUUAUUUAUAAAGUCAAAAUAAGGUUUUAGUUUCAUGGGAUGCACGAGCGUUUUCUUCUUUUUUCCUUUCCUAGAUUAUAAUUUGUUGGUAUUUAUAUGUUGAAGUAUAACACAGGACAAGACACAACAGAAAUACAUUUCACCACAGUUUCAUUCCUUUUUUUUUCAGUGCACAGUUUCCCCAUAAUUUAAAAUGAAGUGUUGUUCUUACUGCAGACGCGGUAUACAUAUUUUUAGUUCGGUGGUAAUUAUGCAGAAAAUAAUAAAGUAAAUAAAUAAAUAAAUCGCCUACCACUAAAUUAAAUGUGUGAAAGCAAACAACAUGCUUGGAAUUUUGUUGAGUUCUUAUAUAUAUGUUGAAUUGCAAAUCCAUGAAAGCAUUUUAUGUUUUUGUUUUAUGCUGUUUAUUCUAAGGAGUAAUAACUAAAUCUAAAAAUAUAACUUACUGAAUGACAUACACCAACAGCCUUAUCAGUUAUGGUGUAGCAUCUCAAAAACUGUGUUUUUUUUCUUUUUUAUGUUUCUAUAUUUACAAACAAGAUUUAUUUUGAGGUUUGCAUAAGACCAAAUUAAGCAGCAAAAUUACAUUAUAAAAAAUACAAAUAAUUAACCCCCCCAGCACUGUUUUUGUAAACACAGUUAACUAUUAAGCAGUUUAAUUUAUUAUCCUCGUGUGUACAGAAAUGAUGUCACUCUGCUGUCAGAUAUAUGCAGAUGUCAGGGUUGUGGGGUUGACCUGGACAGCACUUUGCAGCUACCACCCUCAGCUUGUUGGAUUGAUAGUAGACUGGAGUUUGUCAUUCAUGGUUCAAUAAAGAGGAAGAAAGGAUCAAAUGAUUCUGAGUCUGAAUGUACUACAAUAAAAUUUAAAGUUUUCUUUUUUGAGAAUUUUUGGAACCAAAAUUUUAUUUUCAAUUCUUUUGUAUUCCAAAUGAUCUUAAAAAAAAUAAAAUUAAAAUUCUAGUUUGCAGAUGCAGAUCUUCCCACAUGUGUAUCAGGCUGCUUUAUGUCGAUGUGGAGAUCAUCAUGUGUCGCUGUUGAUUGUAUAGAAGGUAGUUUGCUUCUGGGAGGCUGAGGAAUUGUAAGCUAACUGUGCCUUAUUGUGCUAAACUGAUCAUUAUAAACAUGAAAAAUGCUACUGCUUUAACCACAACACCUGUGCGCAGGUUAUGUCCUUGCUUACGCUGUGUGGAUGGAUGGAUUAACUUAUGUUGCUGAAAGUAAAAAGAAACUCAUUCCUCACUGAAACCACAUAUGAACAAAUACGCUGAUGAUGUGAGAAUGUGCAGCACUGAAUCCGAUCUAAGUAUUUUUUAUCAUUUGUUCGGUCUGACAGUACUCACUAAUGUAUGUAUUGUAUUUAUGGGGUUUUGUACACAUAGUCACAGAUCCAAAUAUUUCUGUGUAUGGAAAUAUAUUAGUUUUGUUGUGUGUGGUGUGUUUGGACCCUCACACUGUAGUUUGUCUCAGCAGUAAUCUCCGUCUGUUUCAUCCUUCCAGUAGCAGAUGUAAUAUGUGCUUUCUCAUCGGGGCAACUAUCCUGUACAGCAGCGUUUUUCAGAUUGUUUCGUUUUUUUCCACUACCUCUGUAGCUGUCAUGUCAGAGAGGGGAAAAGAACCACACGGGUAUAGAAAACUAAAUUCUGUUUUUGUAACUAUAAUAUAGAUAUCACAAACCACACAAGCUAAAUAAACUAUAUAUAUCCACAUAAA